UCAAACUUGACCCAACUAAAACCGGAUAAACCUUAAACCCAAAAAUCUCAAAGCAAAAACCCCCACCCACAUUCUCAAUUGAGCAACCAAUUCAAGAAGAUGAACAGCAGCCUCCGUCUGUUCCCAUCUUGUUCGUGCUCAUACCAAUUACCCACAAAUCCAAAACCCACUACGCUCUAUUUCAUUAACAAUCCUACCCACUUUCUGCAUUUGAAGCGACCCAAGAGGAAGCAACUAUUAGCUUCCUGUACCAGUUAUGAAGUUGGUGGAGGUUAUCCAGAGGAGGAGUUUGAUAUGCAAGAUACAAGACGACCCAUUAAAGAAGUGAAGCCGAAAAUGGAUACUUCCGAGUAUGAAGCUCUUCUCAAAGGAGGCGAUCAAGUCACCUCUGUUCUCGAAGAGAUGAUUGUCCUCUUGGAAGAUACGAACAUUGACGAAACAUCUGAAGAGAUAGCUUUGCAGUUGGCUGCACAAGGUGUCAUAGGUAAAAGGGUUGAUGAGAUGGAGUCGGGCUUUAUGAUGGCCUUAGACUACAUGAUCCAGACUGCUGAAAAGGACCAAGAUGAUAAGCGCAAGGCAAUACUGGAGGUGGUGAAGGAGACUGUUCUAUCUCAUCUCACAAAAAAAUGCCCGCCACAUGUUCAAGUGGUCGGCCUACUUUGUAGAACUCCAUUGAAAGAAAGCAGACAUGAACUACUUCGUAGAGUUGCUGCUGGGGGUGGUGUCUUUAAAAGUAAGAAUGGCACCAAGGUUCAUAUUCCAGGAGCAAAUCUUAAUGACAUAGCCAACCAAGCUGAUGAUUUAAUAGAGACAAUGGAAACUCGGCCGAUAGUUCCUGAUCGAAAACUGCUUGCAAGGCUUGUUCUGAUUAGAGAAGAGGCUCGGAAUAUGAUGGGAGGUGGAAUUCUGGAUGAAAGAAAUGAUCGUGGUCUGAGUACUCUUCCUGAAUCAGAGGUGAACUUUUUGACCAAACUGGUUGCUUUGAAACCAGGAAAUGUUGUCCAGGAGAUGAUACGAAAUGUAAUGUUAGGUAAAGAUGAAGGGGCCGAUAACUCAGGUGAUAAUGAGGAAGGUACUGCAGGUGGACGGAGGGAUUCAAGGGGAAUUGGAGGAAGGGAAAGUGUAUCAGGGCGUAAGCCACUUCCAGUUCGUCCAGGCAUGUUUCUAGAAACUGUAUCUAAGGUCUUAGGUGGAAUAUAUGCUGGAAGUGAAUCAGGUGUCACUGCACAACAUUUAGAAUGGGUACAUCAGAAGACACUUCACAUUCUUGAGGAAAUAGCAUUCUAGUCUGUGCGCUAUCAUCAAGAUUGCAGUUUGAAGUCCAAGGACCUCAAAGUUCUUUGCGUGCAAGAUAAUCGGAUUCAGUCCACCUCCUAGUUCAAACGGAUAUCCAUCUCUCGCUCUCACAUUCUUUUCCCUCAAUUGACCGAUAGAUUGGCUUUUAAUGUAGUCCCAUUCUGCUCUUCCACACGGAGGGUCCCCUUGUAAAAGACUUAUUUGGUGGGGGAUGUUCUUACAAGUAAACAUGUCCCUGAAUUAGAAAUUAAACCACAUCACUUAGGAAAAUACUACUUGAUCCUCUGUUGCACACACUUCCCAUUACAAAUAACACAAUAUCAUAUUGAAAAGUGCAAGGAGAGAUCUGAAGAACUUUGUAUAUUUUUCAAUGAGGAGAGUCAAGGGAAACCAGCACGCUUCUUUGUUAUGUAAAACUUUGUAUGUUGAAUCAAUUUUCCAUUGAUGCCAUAA